AUGAAUAAUAUCGGAAUAUCCAAUAUCAUUGUUCAGUUUUUUGUAAAACAGAAGGAUUUACAAACUACUCAUCUUAUUGAGUCAGAACCCGUAAAUAAUAAUUCAAUGAUAAUUUCAUUUUCUGAUGCCGGGACAGAAAACAUCAAUUUCGCGUCUCCAGCACUUAAAGAAGCAAUUGAUUUGGGAAACACUUAUAUUUUGUCACCAAAGCAGAAAUAUCUCUUAUGGUUUUGGCGAAUUCAAAAGAAAGAUCUCGAUCUGCGUAACUGGAAAGAUAAAGUUGGUUUUAAAAGCAAAACAAAUGACUAUUACAUAAUUGAAACACUUAUACAAAAUGCCAAUCCUAUAAACACAACAAAUUUUCCAUUUUCGAUUGUUGAUAUCAGAUAUCAAACACGCUUCGUUGAAGUAGAUACGGAGACAAAACAAAACACGAUCCUCGCUUUAUUAAGCAGUCUUGGAGGAGCAUAUGGUAUUGGCACACAGCAAAUAGGUCCAUGGGGGAUGGCUUAUGAAGUUUACGGGGUUCGUAAUAGUCUCAAACAAAGGGUUAAAGAGAAAUUUCAGUCUCAUUUUCCACUUGUAGAAAUAAAAUAUCCUGACGAUAUUAGUGACGAAGAUAUAACAUUGGGAAAUAUUAGCCAACGAUUACAUAAUUUGGAGUGGCAAAAUGCGUUACUUCAAUUGCUGAUUAGAGAAUACGUAAUCGACAUCGGAAAUUUUGCCGAGUUAAAGAAAUCAAUAGAUAAAAAAAGGCAGACAGAGCACUCUUUCUCAGUCGCUCUGACGUUGGGACCAAUCUAUCAGAAUCUCGACAACUUGUUUCACGAAGAUAAUCUCGAAAUCGCGAAAAACGUCAUCA